UGACUCUGAAAGCCCCCCAGCGGCCCUGCCCGACGCGCAGCGCUACACCAUGGUGGCGUACUGGCGGCAGGCCGGACUCAGCUAUAUCUGGUUCUCCCAGAUCUGUGCGAAGGCAGUGAGGGAUGCCCUGAAGACCGAGUUCAAGGCCAACGCUGAGAAGACUUCUGGGAGCAGCAUAAAGAUCGUGAAGGUGAAGAAGGAGUAGUCGACCCUGACUGAAGCAUGAACUGCUGAGCCUUGAAGGUGAAGAUGAAGAUGUGGGUACCUAUUA